UGAUGAAGUGGAAGUAGUAGUGAAAAACCAAGCAAAACCCCCAAUCCCCAAUGCUCAGAUUCUUCACCCAUUAUCUUUUCUCUUAGGUUUCUGACAAUCGCCACACAAAUCCACAGAUACCAUUCACAGAAGACACACAUACACAGAGGGGGAGAGAGAGAGGUCAACCAUGAAGAGAGACCACAAUCAUCUGCAACCCAACUCAGACCCAUCAUACUCUCUCUGCGGUAGUUCCUCGACCGGAAAGGCGAAGCUUUGGGAGGAAGAAGCCGCCGAACAAGACUGCGGAAUGGAUGAGGAUUUGGCGGUUCUGGGUUACAAGGUUAAGACUUCGGACAUGGUCGAAGUGGCUCAGAAGCUCGAGCAGUUGGACGAAAUUAUGUGUAGUGUUCAGGAUGAUGGGAUUUCGCAUCUUGCUUUCGAGACUGUUCAUUAUAAUCCUUCAGAUAUGUCGACUUAUCUUGAAAGUAUGCUUUCUGAACUUAUUCCUCCUACUUUUGACCCUUUUGGUCCUUCUGGAACGACGGCCGUGGCGGCGCCGUUGACGGGUGCGUUAGAUGAUUCUUUUCUCGGCACCGCUGAGUCGUCUACUUUGACGACGUUGGAUUUCGAGAGCAAUAACCGGAAACAUAAAAAAAGUGGGAAACAAAUCUUUGAGGAAUCUUCUUGCUCGGAUUAUGAUCUCAAAGCAAUUCCUGGUAAGGCUAUUUAUUCUCAAAGCUCUCAAACCCAAAUACACGAUUCGUCGUCGACUUCGACUCACAACAACUUUAAAUCCGAAAAACGCUUGAAAUCCACAUCCGGGUCGCACUCGGAUAUCUUCUCUCCUCCUCCUCCUGCUUCAUAUGGAAUUCCGACUGAUUCAAUUCGUCCCGUUGUCCUUGUCGACUCACAAGAGAAUGGAAUCCGGCUUGUCCAUGCUUUGAUGGCAUGUGCAGAAGGUGUCCAGCAAAACAAUCUCAAUCUCGCCGAAGCUUUGGUGAGACAAAUUGGAUUCUUAGCUAUUUCUCAAGCCGGAGCUAUGAGGAAAGUGGCGACGUAUUUCGCUGAAGCAUUAGCUCGAAGGAUUUACAGAUUGUAUCCUCAAAACCCACUCGACCACUCUUUAUCAGAUGUUCUUCACAUACACUUUUACGAGGCCUGCCCUUAUCUAAAGUUCGCUCAUUUCACAGCGAAUCAAGCUAUUCUCGAAGCUUUUGAAGGCAAGAAAAGAGUCCAUGUUAUCGAUUUUUCAAUGAACCAAGGCAUGCAAUGGCCUGCUUUGAUGCAAGCUUUGGCUUUAAGAGCCGGUGGUCCGCCAGCUUUUAGGUUAACUGGGAUCGGACCUCCUAGCCACGACAACUCGGAUCAUUUGCAGGAAGUUGGUUGGAAGCUGGCUCAGUUAGCUGAAACGAUUCACGUUGAGUUCGAGUACCGUGGGUUCGUUGCUAAUUCUUUAGCCGAUUUGGAUGCUUCGAUGCUUGAUCUCAGACCGAGUGAAGUUGAAGCCGUGGCGGUUAACUCAGUUUUUGAGCUACAUAAAUUGUUGGCUCGGCCCGGUGGUAUCGACAAAGUUUUCUCCGUGGUUGAGCAAAUGAAGCCUGAAAUUGUUACCAUCGUCGAGCAGGAAGCGAACCAUAACGGUCCAGUUUUCUUAGACCGGUUCACUGAGUCAUUACAUUAUUACUCGACGCUGUUCGAUUCGUUAGAAGGGUCGGCGAGCGGUCAGGACAAGGUUAUGUCGGAGGUGUAUUUGGGGAAACAGAUUUGUAACGUGGUGGCCUGCGAAGGGGUGGAUAGAACCGAGAGGCACGAGUCGUCGACUCAGUGGAGAAACCGAUUGGUUUCCGCUGGAUUUUCACCGGUUCAUCUGGGUUCCAACGCGUUCAAGCAGGCUGGUAUGUUACUCGCCCUGUUCGCCGGCGGAGACGGGUACGGCGUGGAGGAGAGCAGCGGUUGUUUGAUGCUUGGAUGGCAUAAACGCCCACUCAUUACAACUUCAGCUUGGAAGGCCGCCAACUACUCCUCCUCACCUCCACCAUUACCAACUGAAUUCAGACGAGUUGACUAACGAGUCAACUCAAAGACUGGUCCCUUUGUACGAAACCCUUAUCUUUAUCUGUCAAUGUUGGUCGCAGAACUGGCUGACGCUUCCCGUUACCCAUCCCUUUAUUAUCAUCAUUUUUCUGUUUAGGUUUAUUUUUCUUAGAAGUUUUUAUUCUUGGAAAUCUUUUUUGUAAUUUUCUGUGUGAAAUCAAAAAUGGGUUAAUGUGUUA